AUGGGUAACGAGACUACUAUAGUGGACGAGACAGAACCGCUCGUGGGAUCAUACCGGACAAGUGAGAGUGACGCUGAGCUUUCCAAUGACGGUGUCGACAAUCCAAAGGCCGGCGUGGGCCUUGGGUUCUUCCUCGUCGCCAUGCUGGGGGCUUUUAUUGCAUACGCGGAUGACUCUUUCAUGGUAUCAACCCAUGGAGAAAUAGCGUCACAAUUUGGCCAGCUGGCCCUGGGUCCGUGGCUUAUGGCAGCAUACAACUUGGGAUACGUGGUUGCUCUGCCAAUGUAUGGAAGAAUCUGCGAUAUGUUCGGCUACAAAAAACCCCUUCUAUCGGCAUAUUUGAUCUUUUCAAUUGGAUGCCUAAUUGCGGGUGGAGCCAAUUCGAUCUGGAUGAUUAUUGCAGGGCGAUUCCUAUCCGGCGCUGGUGGUGCAGGUAUGGUGGAUUUGAUCAGUGUUAUCUUGAACGACAUGGAAACCCUUAGAGAGGUCGCGAUGCUGAGAAGCUAUCUUGGUAUGGUUACCACGGCCGGUGUCAGUGCGGGUGCGCCGUUGGGUGGACUCAUUGUUGAUAAGUUGGGCUGGAGAUGGUCUUUCCUCAUUCAAGCUCCGCUUGGCUUGUUAUGCUUUGGAUUUACUUUCUGGGCUUUCCGUUCUGGAUCUCGCCUCCAGCAGCUUGAAGAAAACGAGCGUUCAAACUUGAACGUACACGGACGCAAACUGAACCUUGUGGGCCUGAUACUACUAGCUGGUACACUGGCUUCAAUUAUGGUUCUCUGCCAAAUCCUUGGAAAUGAGAGUCUUUCUGUGAGAGUCAUUGUAGGGGUGGUAGGUGCCGUUGUCGGCUUCGCUCUGUUGUUCGGGAUAAACGAAAAGUUCUUAACAAGUGAUCCACUUAUCCCACUGAAGCUUUUCGGGACAAAUAAGAUUGGUGUCAUCUAUCUUAUCCAGUUCCUCGUUCAUUUCGCCUUUUUUGGAAUGGUGUCCAACAUAACCGACUUUUGGAUCCGGACUCAGAAUAUCAGUAAUGGUCUCGCUGGUACUUUCGCUAUUCCAGUGGCAGUAGGAGCUUUAGUUGGAGCAACGAUACAGGGACAAAGCAUUCGACGUACUGGAAAGUACAAAGUGUUGUCGCUUGUCAGCUGGUUGGUCGGAGCUGUGGGCUAUGCAUUGAUGCUGGUUCGAUGGCCCAUGGGCCCGAGCAGAUGGGAAAAUAUGUAUCCAUUCAUUGCUUCCAUAGGAAUCUGCGGCUUCCUCGUUGGUCAGUAUGUGGGCUUGUCUGCAGUCCUUCCUGCAGAGAUGAAAGCGAUGACUAUGACCGUUUAUUUCAUGUCACAGCAACUUGGAAUCAUGUUCGGUGUCACUGUCAACUCAACAGCGAGUCGAAAGAUUCUCCAAAAGUGUCUGCUGCACGAUCUUGAUGGAACUCCAAGCUUCCGUGACGUUAUCCAUAAAGUUAUGAGUGACAACAGAUAUUCAUCUUGGCUGUCUGAACCAUAUCAAAAAAUCAUCAGAAGCUGUUUCCUGCAAGGCUACCGAGCAGUUCCUACUAUUGGAUUGUCCACUCUCGUACUGGUAUUCCCAAUGCUGGUAUACCUUCCAGAGAACUCAUUGGAUGCAUAA